GAAACAGGGACUUCCCUGAGCCUCCAUCAUCUACAGGGAGGGAAAAAAACACUCACACACACACAGCCUCCCACAUACACACACACGCACACUGUGCUGCGAGCUAGCAAGGGGCUUUAAACAGCUUCACACUAAACAGAGACAAAGGGACUGUAACUUGCCACAAUGGAGGAAAACAUGGAUGAAUCACAAAGCCAGAAAGGCUGUAAGGAGUGCUGUGAGCGGUGUGUGGGCAGCCUGCCAUGGGCCUCUCUCAUUGCCACUAUUCUCCUGUACAUGGGUGUGGCCUUGUUCUGCGGGUGUGGCCACGAGGCUUUGAGCGGCACCGUCACCAUCCUUCAAAACUACUUUGAAGUCAUCAGAGCCCCGGGAGAAACGCUGGAUGUGUUUACCAUUAUUGACAUCCUCAAGUAUAUCAUCUAUGGCCUUGCAGCUGGAUUCUUUCUGUUUGGAGUGCUGUUGCUGGUUGAGGGCUUUUUCACCACCGGAGCUAUUAGGGACCUCUAUGGAGAGUUCAAGAUCACUGCCUGCGGACGCUGCCUGACUGCAUUCCUGAUGUUCCUGGCCUACCUGUUCUUCCUGGUAUGGCUCGGAGUGACAGCGUUCACCAGCCUGCCAGUCUUCAUGUACUUCAACGUUUGGUCCAUGUGUCAGAACACCAGCCUGGUGGAGGGAGCAAACCUCUGCCUGGACCUGCGUCAGUUUGGAGCGGUGACCAUCUCUGAGGAGAGGAAGGUGUGUACAGGAUCUGAGAAGUUCUUCAAGAUGUGCGAAUCUAAUGAGCUGGACUUGACCUUCCAUCUGUUCGUCUGCACACUGGCGGGAGCAGGAGCUGCUGUCAUCGCCAUGGUCCACUUCCUGAUGGCCCUAGCCGCUAACUGGGGCUAUCUGAAGGACGCCAGCCGGAUGCAGAAGUACGAGGACAUCAAGUCGAAGGAAGAGCAGGAGCUGCAUGACAUCCACUCUACGCGCUCCAAAGAACGUCUCAACGCUUACACAUAAACACGCACCUACAAGAAACGACACACACACACUUACCUGUCAGACACACACAAGAUGAUACAUGCACACACACAAACACACACACACACACACACACACACACACACACACACACACACAGGGCCUUACACAAGCCUAAGGAUACUAGAAAUAUAUACGAGUUAAAAAAACCCAACACAAACAUACACUCUACGACACAAAGACACGAGGAGGCAGAAAUUAAUUGAAAACAUAAAAACGAUGACAACACAGACACCAUGCAGUAGAUCAUUGACUCAGGUGGUCUAUGCUAACACCUAAGCUAUGUCGGUUUGCUCUAUACUUUUACUAACCCUGACUUUACGUUAAAAGUGAAAACAAGCGCUUCAGUCACAGAUGAAGUGGUGCUGGUGAUGGCUGAUUGUACACUACUAAAACUCACUGAAAAAAGCUACAUGAUGACGUGAUUGCAUCAUUAAAACUCUAAUAUUUCACUCUUAAGAUUUCUCAGUAUAAAGGCUGAAAUUUACCAGGGCCGGCCUCAGCACUUUAGGGGCCCUAAGCUCGCCUCCAAUAUCACAAAAUAGCUUUUGCAGUGUGUGAAUGUGCAGAACCAUCAUCUGGAACUGGCCACACAGGAAAAAAACAAAAUAAUCUUGAAAAAAAGGACCUUAAAAAAACAAAAAAAGUGGAGUGCAUCUAUAUACAGUAGAAAGCACAAGAAACAUACAAGAUAAUACUACUUUAAGAAGUACCCAAAGAAAUGUCUUGUUGUAAUUUGCUUGUUUGUGCCCAAUGGUGGCCAUAAGCACUUAAUUAGUUUGCUUAAUGUUUUUGCCAGCUGUGCGUUUUCUUUUAAAAAUGCCAACAUUUCCUGAAAGGUCCGUUUUACUAGACGAGCAUAUGGUGAUCUCGCCGUUAGCUGUUAGCACGGCACGCUAAAGUCAACAGUCUACAGCAGAAUCAUGAAUGUGUUCGGUGUCUGUGAGCUCAUCAUUAUAUGUUGGGGGGGGGGGCCUGUCCAAAAGGAGCAAUGUCAUUGUAUCUCCCCAACAGCCUCAAUACCUGCAGUACACACAUCACACUCACACACUCACACACACAUACACACACAUAGAUGUGGCUGAAUGGUCGGUGUUGUGCAGGCAGUGUUGUAUGGUGGUGUCAUGCUGUGUCGUGUCGUUUCGCCACAUUAUGAUGACUGGUAUUGCAGAGAAAUAUGGCCCCCAAGGAAACGUGUACCUCUCGAGUACAAAUGGGUAGCUUUGAUAACUUUUCCUCCCCCUCCACCCUCUCUUUUCGACUCCUUUUUCCUCAGAUCCUACCCAUCCUCUUUCUCUACUAUGUGACCUCUUCAUGAUGAGCCCAGUUUCAUUAGUUGUUCAACACGUUCGUGUUACACAUACCGACCGGUACGUCCCACAGGUGGCCGUUAGGGCUAAUAGUUUAUUGCUAUAAUAAUGAAACCAGAUGUUGAUUGCCAAAAGACACAGAUGAUGUCAGAAAUUCUCCUGUUUUUCAAAUUACCCUUAAAUGGCUUUAAUUGUACUCUAUAUCACAUAUCGGGCUCCUUAAGCUCACUUGAACUUUCAAAGUAAAAGCACUUAAUUUCAAAGAGGCCAUUUCCAACACCUACUGAAACGGGGCUCUGCGUCCUCCCUCCCUUUAUCCCCACUUUGUACAAACUUGUGAUUUGUCCUCAAAAACAGCACAUCUUAGCAGCACAAAGUCUUUUUAACGUGUCAUGUUCUCAUCAGUCUGAUAACUAAUGUUUUUCUCACUUUUUGGAAUUUUUGCCACAUUUUUAUCAGUAUUAUUUAUGUGUAAUUUUAGCAUUGGGAGGGGGUAUUUAAAGGGGGCAGGCGGGGGUGGGGGGAGGGAGGGGGGUUAUAUCACUGUCACAUUUUCAUGUGAUGACUAUAUUUCAGUGGUUCUGCACACACACAAAUACACACAAACACAAACACAUACAGCAAUCAUCUCGAGAGUUUCUCUCAUUGCCAUGUCUUUGUUUUUUUGCAUAUCUUUCUUUCAACGAGCCCUGAUGUGACCAAAAUUAUAAUUUAUUUGUGAGUUGAAUUUGACUUGUCUUUAGUGACGUGAAGAGGUGAUUACUGUGAAUUCUGGGCGGUGUGUUGGUUGUGCGGGAGCGGCAUCAUUGAAGGUUGUAAAGGAUGAGCUGGUUAUUUUUGGUCUGUGCAGGAUGUGUUUUCAGAUGGAGGAUUCAUUUGCCAAAAGCGUUUAAAGGUGUUGAUAUUUGUCACCUCUUAGGAGGAGUUUGUUAGGUGUUUGAAUCAGAUAGGAUGGAGAGGUGUAACUCGAAUUUAAAAGCAAAGGUCUGGAGGUGCUGAAAGAACCAGGAAGGGUUUAAAAGAGAAGUUAAAACUGAACAUCCAUACCAGCUGCAGGGAUCGAUUCAACUUGAGUAGUGUUGUUGGGAAUGAAGACCAAGAUGUGUCAGCUCGUGCUUUAGGAAUAAAGGUUUGUGGUUUUAAGGCCAGUUUAUAUUUUGUGUCUCAGUUAUCUCCUUAUGUGUUUUUAUACUGGAUGCUGUAUACUUUGUGAUCAGCAUGACUAGACUUGCUGGGAUGUAACUUGCUUGAACUGGAUCUUAAAAUUAGGGAUUUCAAAAAAGACAAACUCAAAUCCUGAGAGAGACGCCACUGCAGCCGCAGCAGCGAUAUAAGCUGCACCAUUGAUUUACGUCCACUAAAAGCACUUGUUUUUGCCGCUGACAGGCUCAUAUUUUUAUUCAGAGUGUUUGACAACAUUACGGAAAAGACUCUUCAGAGAAAUAAGACUUUAUUUGUUAACCUUUGCUGGUCUGUUUGUUAUUGUGACCGAGUCUCACUCAAGGAGAAGCCUCAUUCUGAAAUCUCGCGAGAGGUGACUGAUGGAAAUGUUAGUGAGAACUGUAGAGAGGAGUGACAGGAAGAGUUUGUCGUGUUGGAGUACAGAAAGCGCAGCUCAUUGUUAGCUCAUUUCAGAGAGAGUUCAGAGCGAGACUUUUUUUGAGCGAGACUGGGUCACAACAACAAACAGACCUGAUCAA